AUGAGACUGCUGCUAAAUGUGGAUUUUCAGCUGAAUGACAGAGAACCUGAAGAUUUUGACUUUAAGAACAACGCAGCGAGGAAAACAGUCACACUUACACAUCCCGAAUCUGCUGCCACAUCCCUCAUACCUAAACAUAGCCCUGAACUCACUGUGAACCACAAGAAAAGGAGCAAUUUGACUAAUGGAGAGUUUGAAGGUGUAAUUAAUGAUCAGAGUCUAGUGCCGAGUUCAGAGGAGAAGGACUCUCUCCAGCCCGAGCGCCAUUUGGAGACAGGUGUCGGUGACGUUCCGCCUGAGAGGACGCGGGGCCGCUCUAACUGGGUCAGAGAGUCUGAGGACGGUGGGUCGGGGCCUCGCUCUCGCCGCCGGAGGAGCUGGCUCUGGAACCAGUUCUUUGUGAUCGAGGAGUAUCGAGGGCCCGAGCCGGUGCUCAUUGGACGGCUGCACACAGACAUGGACAAAGGAGACGGCCGCACCAAGUACAUGUUGGAGGGAGAGGGGGUGGGCUCUGUGUUUGUUAUCGAUAGCAACACAGGAAACAUACAUGUCACCAAGUCUCUGGACCGCGAGGAGAAGGACCAGUACCGCCUCAUCGCAACAGCCACAGACCGUCAGACUGGCCGAGCCCUGGAGCCGUCGUCCGAGUUCAUCAUCAGGGUGCAGGACAUCAAUGACAACCCGCCCGUCUUCCCCAACGAAGCCUACGUCGCCAUGGUGCCAGAGAUGGCCAACAUCGGCACCUCCAUAAUCCAAGUCACGGCCAGAGAUGCCGACGAUCCCACAUAUGGAAACAGUGCCCGGCUGGUGUAUGCCAUCACUCACGGUCAGGACUAUUUCUCUGUGGAUCCUCAGACAGGCGUCCUGCGGACAGCUGUACCUGAUAUGGACAGAGAGACUCAGGAUGAAUAUCUGGUCGUCCUCCAGGCCAAAGACAUGGGGGGGCAUCUGGGCGGAUUAUCAGGGACCACAACCGUCACUGUGAAGCUGAGCGAUGUCAACGACAACCCUCCUCACUUCAGACGGAGUGCGUGGUCAUUUUCUGUGUCUGAGCUGGCAGCACCAGGUGUGGAGGUGGGCCGUCUCACUGCCACUGAUCCUGAUCUGGGAGAAAAUGCACAGCUGGAGUUUACCAUUCUGGACGCAGACGAGGCUGAAAUAUUCAAUAUAACUGGAAGAGACCAAGAGGCUGUCAUUGUGCUGAACAAGCUGCUGGAUUAUGAGACCCGCAAUUCAUACACUUUCACCGUGGAGGUUGCGAACCCUAUAGUGGACGCCCGCUACCUAAGGAAAGGUCCCUUUAAGGACCAGGCAACAGUCCGGAUCAUGGUCCUCAAUGCUGAUGAGCCGCCACGAUUCUCCCAAGCUCGGUACCAUCUGGAUGUGUCUGAGAACUGCCCCCCUGUCUGCUCUGUCGGCCGGGUAUACGCCGUGGACCCAGACACAGGACAGAGCACCAACAUCAGGUACUCCGUCGAUCCCCAGUCAGACCCCGAGGCUCUGUUCCGCAUCGCCUCUGACACAGGCUUUAUCAGCACAGUGAUGGAGUUGGACCGAGAGCAGGAGCAGUGGCAUAAUAUUACUGUCAUCGCCACACAGAGGGGUAUGUCAGCCCCUCUGCCCUCGGGCACCAUUAGCAGCAGAGCUUACUAGAGUCAUAUUUCACCAAAAGCACCGCCUGGAGUUGGGAAUACAAGUGUGUGUUGGUUCCCUUUUUUUCUUUCAGACAAUCCCAAUCUUGUGUCAAGGGUUGUGGUUGCCAUAGAGACACUAGACCAGAAUGACAAUGCACCGGAGUUGGACAGGCAGUACACAACGUCUGUAUGUGACUCCAGUGCCCCCGGUCAGGUAGUUCAGGUUCUGCGAGCCAUUGACCGGGACCAGGGAGGGCAGGACACCCCGGUCCACUUCAGCAUCCCUCCGGAGUCCAGCUCUGCACUCAACCUCACUAUCAGGGAAACCGGAGGUGUGACAGCCAGCCUGGUGCUCCAGUCUGCCUUGGAGCCCCUCCCUGGCUUCUCCUCAUCCUUACUCACCCUCUACGUGCCAGUUGUGCUACGUGACGGGGCCUCGGGUCUGACCAACACUGGCACGGUCACCGUGACCAUUUGUCCCUGUCUGCGAGGAGGCAUGCAGACGGAGGAUAGAGGGAAGCAGAGGGACAGGAGGUGGGAAAGACACAUGGUUUGUCUGCCCAUGCCGUCCACCUCUCCGUCUCUCAUAUUCAGUUUGGUCACCUUACUGGCCAUGCUGGCGUGUGUCACCACGCUGCUGGUGGUGUGUGCACUCUCGCUGUCAUUGCGCCAUCAGAAGCGAGACUCCCACUCACCCUUCGAGGAGGAUGAUGUCAGGGAAAACAUCAUAUCCUAUGAUGAUGAGGGGGGAGGGGAAGCAGACACCGCCGCUUUUGACAUUACAGCGCUGCAGAGCAUGCACAGAAUACAGCACAUGCACAACAGGAACAUAUGGUACACCCAGCAGAAUCCGCCAAGGGCCAGGACGUACAGCUGGAGCCGUAACCCGCGCCCCGGCCUCGACCCUCAGCAGCGGCCAGGCUCCGCUCCGCUCUACGGACGCCUCUGCUACGGCAUCCACACACUGCCUGUUCUUAGAGAUUAUCCAGCUGGGCCACUGGAGGCGGGUCUGCAGCUCACGCAGCUGACCCAUGGACUCACUGGAGGUCAUAUUGGCAGCUCCCUCGUCAUCCAGAACCAGAGCACCUUUGAGCCUCUGCUGCACUCUCCUGAGAUGAGCCCUUAUAGUUACGAAGCUGAGCCCAUGCUGGCGAAGAGUGAAACUACCAACAGAAAUGAAGGCAGCGAUGUAAACCCAGCGGACACCAAAGAGAAUCAGGAUCAGGCCAAGACAAACCCAACAGAAGCAGAGCCAGCACCAGCCAGCAACACUGAGAGUCUGACCUUCUGUGACCCAAAUGAGUCUUCAUGCCAAAGUCACACCAGCUCCUCAUCAAACCAGCAAGAGGGGCAACCGGGGUCAUCGCAGACUCAGAUCAGCACGGGAGCCACCAGCUGCACAGUAGAUGACAUUGAUACUGAUUCCUCCAUUCCCUCCGUUUCAGAGAGAAAUUAUUCAAAUGGUAGUCAGACCAGUUCUGUAAACCCUCCUGUUUACCUGAAGGGAGACACGUACAGCAUCGUGGGCUCGCUGAACCCAAACAGCAGAGGGACGUGUAUGAACGGGACUAGUAGCAGCGGGUUGUACCCAGCGGGGGUGCAGCUACUGAACAUUUGCAGACUCCAGAAAAAGGAUUUGACCCCACAGCCUUUGCCCUUACCGGGGGGGAUGUUUGGCAGCAAUAGAGGCUGGCCAUUGGGGGCGGAGCCCGCAAGAACAGAAGCGGCCAAAACGCAGCCCCUCCGGAUGGAGGACCUCCUGAAUUUCCGUCUGGAUCAGGUCACCUUUGACCUGUCGCAGCCGCCCUAUGACUCACUGCAGACUUAUGAGUUUGAGGGCCGUGAUUCAAGGGCUGAGUCACUGAGCUCACUGGAGAGCGAUGGAGAGAAGGACAGUGCCAGAGUGGUGGGAGGGAUGGAGGAGUUAAACCAGAAAUUUCAGAGGCUGGUGGAGAUCAUUCAAGAGAGGGAGAAGGAGAAGGGAGGAGAGGGAGGGGAGACACAAGCAGCUGAGGCAGGUGAGACAGCAGAGGCUGCUCUCUCUGAGACUCAUAAACAAACAGAGGACAAAGACAAAGAACAGAAGAGAUGGGAUUUCUAG